ACCAGGUCAGCAUUGUAGCUUGAUGGCUUAUCUUGGUUCAAGUUUCCAAUUUACCAGAUCAACAUCAUAGAAUGAUGGCUUGUCUUGGUUCAACCCCUAUACUUGUAGAUCCUAUCUAUAAAAAAAUCAACAUUUAUAUCAAGCAUAUAUUGUUUCAAGAGUAUUGCUGACCAAGUCUCAGGAUAUAUAAAUGUUGAUGUUAAUGGUAGAUGAGAUUCAUUGUCUAAUUUAUUACCUUGAACUGUGAUUCCACAUUGGCAUAUUAUCAUAAGCUUUGAACCCUUUAUGCAUUAUGUCAUCAAUCUUAACUUGGCUUCUUGAAUUGUAAUACUCAAAAUCAGGAUGACAGCCUUGCUUACGAUGCUUACCUAAUACUAAAAAAAAAAUGAGCAUUGUAAUUAGCUUGAAUUAUUCUAUUGUAUAUGAUGAUCAUUGUCAACUUCGCCUAGGUGUGACAUAUAUUGAAAAUUUGGAAUGAUCACCCACUACGCUUUAGCCCAUCACCUAGAAACAAAGGCAGAGAGAGAGAGAGAGGGAGAGAGAGCUAGACAGAAAAGAGGAAGAGUUGAGAUGAAAGGAAACUCUUCAUCUAUAGUUUUCACCACCAUCACCAUCAUCAUAUUUGGCUUUUCAGCUAUAGUGAAUUCACAAACAGAUUCCUGCAGCUCAAGUCUAAACCUCCAGAGUGUCACUCUGCCCUUUGAUGCAACUUCCCUGCACUGCCAUGCUGUUUGGGAUUCUCAGAAUUACAUCCUCAGAUACUCAGAGACCACACCAGGAACAUGGACCUUUGUUCUUUCAGCACCUGCAGCAAAUUCCUACAUAGCAAUGGGAUUCUCAAGCAAUGGCCAGAUGAUAGGUUCCAGUGCCAUUGUGGGGUGGAUUUCUUCAACAGAAGGAGGAGUAAUCAAGCGGUACUACUUAGGAGGGACUUCACCAAACCUUGUGGAGCCUAACAAAGGGAACCUAGUUCUUACCAAUUUCUCCUUCAUCACAACGCAGGCUUCUACUGUAUACAUGGGGUUCCAGUUGGUGACUGAGCAACCACAAACUAAGCUCAUAUACUCAGUUGGUCCAACUGGGAUGCUUCCUGUAUCACCUAACUACAGGUUGAACGAGCACUUUAACAAGGUCUCCACCACCAUAAACUACAUUACAGGUCAAACAUCAAGCACAGGAAGUCCAUAUACAAGAUUAAGAAGGAGCCAUGGAAUACUGAAUAUGCUUGGAUGGGGCAUCUUGAUGAUAAUUGGAGUAAUAGUUGCUCGUCACUUAAAGUCCUAUGAACCUCUUUGGUUUUACCUUCAUGUUGGCAUCCAAUCUUUGGCAUUUGUUUUCGGAAUAAUAGGUGUCAUUUGUGGAUUUGUCUUAGACAAUAAGAUUAAUGCUGAUGUCUCCACCCACAAAGCUCUUGGUAUCUUCAUUCUUGUGCUUGGAUGUCUUCAGGUGAUGGCAUUUUUGGCUCGGCCAGAUAAGGUAUCGAAAUCACGAAAAUACUGGAAUUGGUACCAUCAAACUGUGGGAAGGCUUCUGAUUAUUCUUGCAGUAGCAAACGUUUUCUACGGUAUUCAUUUAGGAGAAGAAGGAACCGGGUGGAAUGCUGGAUAUGGAGUUGUUCUUGCUAUCUUAGUUGUUAUUGCUGUUAUUCUGGAGUUAAAAUUGUGGUUUAGAAAAUGAGGGUAGUGUUUUUGACUUCCUGUGAUAUACCCUCUUCUGUAUUUAACAUUAUUUAACA